CUCCAUUCGUUCCAACACGCCAUCUGGAUUUUUGCGUCAACCACCGCCGUCCAAAAUACCUCUGCAUCUUGCAACUUAACCAACUGCUCGAUAUGGCUGCCAACUUUUGGGUUUCCUCUCAUGCUACCCAUUGGAUUUUGGAUCGGAGGCGACUUGAUGAAGCAAUGAAAGAAGAUCUUGAAUACGUCGAUAUUGCGACUCUGACAAAAAUUAAAUUGUGGUAUUACAAUCUUAUCGGAAAGAUCUGUAAACGGUUACAGUUUCGUCAACAGGUGGUAGCAACAGCAAUAGUCUACUUCAAGAGGUUCUAUACAAAAAAUAGCAUGCGAUCCACAGACCCAUCUCUUGUGGCUGCAACCUGUAUUUAUCUCGCAUGCAAAAUUGAAGAAUGCCCGCAACAUAUCAAACAUAUUAUAGUAGACAUUAAAGUCGUUCUUGCAGAUCAUGGAGGGUUUGAUUAUGAUACAUCAAAGGUGGCCGAGUUUGAGUUUUAUUUGCUGGAGGAGCUCGAGUUCUAUCUCAUUGUUUACCACCCAUACAGAGAUCUUACUAUCAUCGCUAAGGAUUUAAGACUUGAAGAAUCGAAUCUACAGGCUGCUUGGUUCGUUAUUAAUGAUUCUUUCAGGACAGAUGUUUGUCUUCUCUAUGCUCCACACAUGAUCGCCCUUGCUGCAUUGUAUAUCAUCUGUGUUGUGCAUGCGGACCGAUUCAAGGAUCACGCUAAUAGUAACAACAGUAUCGUGGGCGAUGGAAACAGUGGUAGCAGUGGUAGUAAUAAUAACAUGAAUGAGGACAGCGCCAGUAUGAGCUCUAUAUCCCACAACACCCACAGCAACCCACACUUACAUGCUCAAUUGCAUAGCAUGGCUUCCAAAAAGGGAAUAAGUAGUCAUGGGCACGGUCACCAUCAUCAUCCACAUCACAAUACUCCGCAGGUGGAAGGACAUGGGAUCAAUAACAGGAAUAUGGUGCAAUGGUUUGCAGACUUAAAUGUUGAAAUGGACGAGAUUAUCGAGAUUACUCAAGAGAUUUUAUCGCUUUAUACUAUUUGGAAAGAUUAUGAUGAGAAGAACGUACCAGCCAUGAUCCACCAGCUAAGACGACCAACUCGGUUAAUCACUUCUCAGAAUCAGAAUACAAAGUCGGAACAUCAAGAGCUAUUGGGACAGCAGCAACAUCAUCAAAAAGAAGAAGGUGAAUUAGAACACCAUCAUCACCAUCAUCAUCAAGAGCAAUUAGAUCAAAGGCACUAUCAACAUUCACAGUCAGAUCCAUCAGCACAAUCAUUAAUCUAGCCCUCAAAUACAUACAACAUUUGGCUAUUUUUUUUUUUUCUCC